AUCGCUGUUGCUACUGAUACCUGAGCCAAAGUGGUGAUGCUUCCUGAGGGCGUUUCUGCAGCCGCGAGUCAGCACAUACAUGAUUGUGAGCCAUGCCUUUAGUGAAGAGGAACAUCGAACCCCGGCACCUGUGCCGGGGUGCCCUGCCCGAGGGAAUUACCAGUGAACUUGAAUGUGUAACCAAUAGUACCCUUGCUGCUAUCAUACGCCAGCUGAGCAGUCUCAGCAAACAUGCUGAAGACAUAUUUGGUGAGUUGUUUAAUGAGGCUAACAACUUUUACAUCAGAGCAAAUUCUCUUCAAGACAGAAUUGAUCGCCUCGCUGUCAAAGUUACCCAGUUGGAUUCAACAGUGGAAGAGGUGUCACUACAAGAUAUCAACAUGAAGAAAGCUUUCAAAAGUUCCACUGUCCAAGACCAGCAGGUGGUUUCCAAGAACAGCAUUCCUAACCCUGUUGCCGACAUCUACAACCAGAGUGAUAAACCACCGCCUCUGGACAUUCUGACCCCGUACAGAGAUGAUAAAAAGGAUGGGCUGAAGUUCUAUACCGAUCCUUCCUAUUUCUUUGACCUCUGGAAAGAAAAGAUGCUACAGGACACAGAAGACAAGAGGAAAGAGAAAAGGCGUCAAAAGGAGCAAAAGCGUAUAGAUGGCACAACCCGUGAGGUGAAAAAGGUUAGAAAAGCCAGGAACAGGCGCCAGGAGUGGAAUAUGAUGGCGUAUGACAAAGAGCUCAGACCCGACAACAGGUUGUCUCAGAGCGUGUACCACGGAGCGUCUUCCGAGGGAUCCCUGUCCCCAGAUACUAGGUCUCACGCAUCGGAUGUCACAGAUUACUCUUAUCCAGCCACUCCCAACCACUCUCUGCACCCGCAGCCUGCCACCCCUUCGUACGCAGUGGCUGACGCGCUGCCACAUGGGCCUGCCACCCAGGCCCCCGAGCAUGAGUACCGACCCCCCUCCGCCUCGGCGAGGCACAUGGCCCUGAACAGACCUCAGCAGCCACCUCCGCCACCCCCACCGCAGGCCGCAGAGGGGCCCCAGGCCUCGGCACCCAUGGCUCCCGCGGACUAUGGGAUGCUCCCAGCGCAGAUCAUUGAGUAUUACAACCCCUCAGGACCGCCUCCUCCCCCACCCCCCCCCAUGAUUCCUUCAGCACAGACUGCCUUCGUCAGUCCUCUCCAGAUUCCCACGCAGCCCUCCUUCCCGGCCGCAGCUGGACCCUCCUACCCGGCGCCUCCUCACCCGGCCUCCAGUGGGCUGGUGGUCACGGCGCCGCCUCCUCCGGGCCCCCCGCCUCCCCCGCCAGGCCCCCCUGGCGCAGGCUCUUCUCUCUCAUCCUCCCCCAUGCACGGCCCUCCGGUAGCUGAGGCAAAGCGACAAGAAUCCGCACAGCCACCCGGAAGCGAUGCUCGCAGUGACCUUCUCGCUGCCAUUCGGAUGGGAAUUCAGCUGAAAAAAGUACAGGAGCAGCGGGAACAAGAGGCCAAGCGUGAGCCAGUCGGGAACGACGUGGCCACGAUCCUGUCCAGGCGCAUUGCCGUGGAGUACAGCGAUUCCGACGACGACUCGGAGUUCGAUGACAACGACUGGUCUGACUGAGGCGGUGCUGGGAGCACAGCUGGCCAACCGGAGGCCAUGUGUCAGAAGUGUAUUGAAAAUUUAAAGUGGUAUCAACACCCAAAUAGUGGUAUUAUAAUCUUGUAGCUUAGCAACUUUUGUAUUAAUAAUGUGAUAUUGCUUUUGCACAUCCAAAACUUCUGGGUUCUUUCAGUAUUUACUGUGUAAUACUUAAGUGCCACUCACCAUAGACAAGCGUGCUGCACACGAGGAAAUACGCUGUAACUGUUGCAUUGUCCUGGAAACAGCGUUUUGCUUCCUUUUUCUUGGCCGUGAAAGUGUCUAGUGCACUUGGGGUUUACUUGUACCUUACGAUUCUGCAGACUUGCUGUGUGUCUGUGAAGCUGCUUGGUGUUAGGCCUUGGCACGAUUAAUGACCGUCAGAGUGACGUCUUCCAGUCAGUAAGUGAUUCUGUCUUCACUUCGUGUGUGUGUGUGUGUGUGUGUGUGUGUGUUUCAGAAGAAGUUGGUUCUGGAGAGAGAUUUAACAAGAAGAAUCAAAUGCUUCUGCUUUCAUUUUCUUGGCGUGGUAGACUCCGUGAAUUUGGAUGUUCUGUUGAAUAAUUUCACUGCCUUUGCACGCUCUUAUAAAUGUGAAACUGGAAGGGCCCUGACUUUUCAGGCAGGAUUCCCAGUGGGCAUUCAUGUAGUCAGUGCUUGUGGAUGACUUGCAUAUGAGGUAACAGCUCACUAGUGAUGAAAAUGAACAGGGUCCUCUUUCCUUCAAGGGCCAUUGGGGAUGACACUCAAAACAUUCGACAGCCCUUCAUCAUGGGCACCAGCCAGGCGAACAGACAUAGUAUGGGAGCUGCCGGCCGAGCGGGCAGAGCUGCUGCUGUCAGCUCUGGGUGCGAAGGACACCUGCGCCUUUCACCUCCUGGAGCCCUGUCCUGAGUGAGCCCUCUGCGGGCUCCAGGGGGCUGCAGGCGGCACCUCGCUCCUCUGCGGGCUCCAGGGGGCUGCAGGCGGCACCUCGCUCCUCUGUGGGCUCCAGGGGGCUGCAGGCGGCACCUCGCUCCUCUGCGGGCUCCAGGGGGCUGCAGGCGGCACCUCGCUCCUCUGUGGGCUCCAGGGGGGCUGCAGGCGGCACCUCGCUCCUCUGCGGGCUCCAGGGGGCUGCAGGCGACACCUCGCUCCUCUGCGGGCUCCAGGGGGCUGCAGAUGGCAUUUUGGUCCGCGUGGUCUGAGCUUCAGAUGGCUGGGUGAGGCGGCUGUAGGUGUGGAGCGCGUUGCUUUCCUGGCACCGUGGCUGGAUGAGGGGCCAUCACGGGAGCAAGUCCUCUGCUCUCCUCGAAGCACACAUUCUCUCUUCUCACGUUGUCGUCAGCACACUUCUAAAAGCACCUCCGAUUUGGUUAGACCUGUAGCUGUAGUGGACCUGUUCCUUUCACCUGUGCCCAUCCUGCUUUCUCCCCACGUGGUCGCGCAGACCCGUGGGGUCCCCAUUCCUGGUGAAGGUAAGCGGGGGGCUGGAGGGGGACUCAUGGAUGAGAGCCUGUGUUCUGUGAUUGUGGAUGAAGGGUAACUGCUGAUCUAGAAUAAACAAGCACCCAGGCUUUGAGUGUCAACAGGACGCACACAUGACUGAGACACUGCUUGCUACGGCUUCUCGCUGAGGCCCAGCCCCUCCAGCACAGCGGGCACUGGUGUGCGCAGACUGCUCAGGAGUCAGCCAAGGAGCUGUUUGGGUUGAUGGCAGGGAUGGAGUAGACUUGUGUUCAUGAGUUCACCAGAAGAGACCAGCUGGCCCCGAAGCAUGUCUGUGUCCCCGCGUGGACACUGGCUUGUACACGGUCACCCUGGAGAGCCUCACGUCUGCGCCCCUGCCCAGGCCCCGCACAUCCAGGCUGCCGAGUCUUCGCAGCUCACUGGCUGCCUGGCUCAUGCUGAGUUUCCGUUUCUUAGAGGUAGUCACCAUUGCUGUCACCAGAGUUUUAUUCAAUAUAAAUAAUAGUUAUUAACGAACCUUUAAUUUCUCUCUUUAAUCCCCCCACCCUUUUAUUUUCAAUGUAGAGGUCUACUUUGUUGGCAUUAUUCUUGGGACUUUUAUCAUUUUUAGUCUUAUUUUGUCUUUAUAACAAUGUUUUGUCUUUAUUAUAGUAUUUUUUUUCUUUCUUUUUGUUACUUUUGGGUUAGGAGUUACCUGUAUAAUUCUAGAACUCAUAUUUGGUGAUGCUUCUCUGUUUUUCAUGUUUCUUCUGUUCUCAGGAUGGAGAGAGAACACACAAAGCUACUAUCUAUGUCAGGAUUUCUUCCAUUUAUAUCCUAUUACCAUAAAAUCAGUGGCACUUUAUUCAUCAAUAUUCAUAAGCCUAUUAGUUAUUAGUUGCCUUCCUGUAGUUUAGUCAACAAGUUGUUUUCAGUUUGAUUUUUUGACUAGUGGGAAUGCUCUCCCCUGAUGUGUACUGUAGCCUUUGAAAGGGUGGAAAAGGACUAAAGUUCAAUUUAGAUUAUUUUUGCAGUAUUUUUCUCAGCAAAUUUGAUUCUAAAAUUUAAAUUCAUACUUUUUCUAAUAUGGUAUUACAUGAAAAGGAAAAAGUGAAUAUUUUUAAUGUUCAGUUUUGAUUUUCAAAAAGUAUUUACCAAAACAAAUGGAGAACAUUUAAAAGCAUAUUUCAUGCCUAGGCGUUUUACAUUUUAAAAUAGUUAUGUAUUAUUGUAAGGUUAUUUUUAAUUGUCCCCAGUCUUUUCCCCCAUGCAUAUUUUAGUUUAGUAUCUUACAGGCUUGCUUUCAUGUCAUAGACUAGGCAGAGGAGAUGAGAGAUCACUUGUAUCACACAUUAGCGACGCAAACAUGAUAUGGUUGAUUUUCUGUUGUUAGCCUAAAACCAAACUGAAAGAUCUGGUACCCUUACAUUUUUCUUUGGUAAAAGUAUCCUGUUAGAGAAUUAACAUUUUCAUUUCAGUAAAUUUUUAGAAUACCAAAAUGUUUUCUGAGCACCAAGUGGCUAGGUUGUGAAAGUUCUAUAAUAAUUUGCAGCUGAAAUACAUGAUACAUUUUAAUCCAUUAAAGAUUAGUGGGAACGUAUCAGCCAGAGUAACAAGUCCUUUUUGUUUUCUAAUCAGAGUAUCUAUCAUCCUGCAGUAUUACCAAUGCUAUUGUAAAUUAAAUUUAA